UAGAUGUGGGAAGUGGAGCCUGGUCCCAGGCACCGCCCGCAGAACAGAAGGCAAAGCCAUCUGGGGUCUAGAGCCAGCUUGGGAAUCCUGCACUACGCAGCCGCAGCAGCCCUGGAAAACGCCGAGGGCGGACAGAGCGCUUUGAAAAGGGCCGAGGGCCGUGUCUUGGCGAGACCGUGGGAAAGUCUCAGGAGCAGUCGCCGCCCGGCCUCUUCCCGGCUCGCCUCCAACCUUGGCAGAUGCGCCACCUGUCCUCCCGCCCACCCGCCUACGGAUGCGGGCCGCCUCGGGCAGCUCCCGCAGUGCGCAGGCGCGGGGGCUGGGGGCGGGGCGGACGCGCGGUCAGGCGGGAAGGGACUGCCCGGCGUGGGCGCCCUCCCGCUCGAAGCCCUAGCUGAGGAGGAGGUUGUGACCAACUGGCAGUCCCAGAGCUGCAGCCGCUCUCCUUACGGAAUGGAGAGGACGGCUUUGGCUGUCUGCGAGAUUUUAAGAUAUUUAAUAAUUCACUGGAAAUGUGAAGCAGGAACAGCAAAGGGAACAUUGCUGGAUGGGCAGCUAGUGAUUUCCAUAGAAGCAUUACGUUCUAAGCACCUGCCAGAUUCUCUGCAUUGUAUAAUAACUAUUGCUUCUACCGGAAGUGUUUAUGGUGGCUUGAACUUCAAGAAGUUUCUACAAGAAAUACAGCCUGUGCUACCCAGGCUCUCUGCAAAGCUGACUCUGGCUUCGGAGGAGGGAGGCCGUUCUCGAGACACAUCAGGCAUAGCAUCCUGCCAGGUGACUUUUGAGGUUGAUGAAAAUUCUCGAAGUUUGAUGACAGACUGUCUGGUUAUAAAGCACUUUUUACGAAAAAUCAUCAUAGUUCAUCACAAGCUCAAGUUUCAUUUCAGUGUAACGGUGAAUGGGAUCCUCUCUGCAGAGAUCUUUGGGGCAGAGAAUGAACCUACUUUGAGACUGGACAAUGGAGUCACUCUUGUUGUGGGUUUUCAGCGCUAUGUGAGUAAACCAAAGUUGAAUUGGAGUGAACCACACUGCAGCAGAAUCCACCCUGUGCUAGGACAUCCGGCCCCACUGUUCAUCCCUGAUGCCAAGGCUGACAUGGGCCUGUUGGGAGAACUGACACUGACUCCGGCUGCUGCUCUGUGCCCCAGCCCCAAGGGCUUCUCCAGCCAACUGUGCAGGAUUUCUUCAGUUUCCAUAUUUCUAUAUGGACCUUUGGGUCUGCCUCUGAUAUCAUCAGAUCAGGACCAGCCAAGCACAACUGUCUUCAGAGAUACCUCUUAUUUCAUUGACUGGAAGAAAUACAAUUUGUUUAUGGUGCCCAAUUUGGAUCUCAAUUUGGAUACACAGUCUGUGCUUCCAGAUGUGAACUAUAAAGAGGAGUCGCCUGAGGGGGAUCCGUCUCAGAAUGUGAACGCACAGGGACCAGCUCUGCUACUUUUCCUAUUUGUGGAUUUCCAAAGUGGCGUCCCAGUACAACAAGCGAAAAUCUGGGGACUCCACACUUUGCUCACAGCCCAUCUCAGCGCCAUCCUCUCGGAGAGCCGCAGCACGGUACAACAGUCCAUCCAGUCAGCUGUGGAUCAGGUCUGGCAGGUGUACCACCAUGAUGCCAAGACUCAACAGAGACUGCAGGCCUCCCUCUCUGUGGCUGUGAAUUCCAUCAUGAGUGUGCUGACUGGAAGCACCUGCAGCAGCUUCAGGAUGACAUGCCUCCAGGCUCUUGAGGCAGCUGACACACAGGAAUUUGGUGUCAAACUGCACAGAAUAUUUUAUGACAUCACCCAGCACCAGUUUCUGAAGCAUUGCCCAUGUGACACAGAGAAGCACCUGACUCCAGAGAAAAACAUUUCGGCCCAGAACACCAAAGACCAGCACAAGAAUAUUGGCCAGGAAUUCCCUGAAGAAUCCAUCGGGCAAGCAGAAAACAAGAGGCUUAAGAGGGGCAGCCCCAACCAUGGCAGGGAAGAAUCGCGAGCUCUGGGCUCAGCAAGGGACCUGAGCCCGCCAAAAUCCGCCACGCGCGACCGCGAGCUCACCGAGGCCUCCCUCACUGCUAGAGGAUCGCAGACCCAAGCGGCCCACGGCAGGGCCCAGGCGGCAGACAGCGGCCUGGAGGUACCGCAGCGAGAGCAGGGCGGGUGCGGGCCUGAGCUACCACCGCCGGGUCCUCACCACCGCCUCCUCUGCUCCCGCAGGACUUGUGGCUACAGGAGGUCGCCAAUCUGUCCGAGUGGCUGA